AUGCCGAGUGAUCGCCCUCGCCGCCGGGCCCUCCUUCCGCUCAACCUGCCCCGGCACAUUCCAUACUCCCGCGCGCUGCAGCAGCGCCUCUUCCUCGUCGCGCAGCACCUCAGCCGCUCCCGGUCCCCUUCUGCCAUCCGCCGCGGCCUCGAUCAGCUCCACGCGCAGCUCCUCCUCAACGGCUUCACCCACAAGCGCUUCCUCCUCGCCAAGCUCCUCUCCCUCGCUGCCGCCGCCGCCGACCUCCCCCGCGCAGAGUCACUCUUCCUCCUCUCCGUACCCCCCUCCCCGGCGUCCCCCACCCUCGCCAACCUCCUCCUCCGCGCCGCCGCCGCGUCAGGCGCCACGCCCGGCGCCCUGCUCGCGUUCUUCUCCCGCCUCGUGGGCUGCCACGGGCUGCGGCCCAACGCAUUCUCUUUCUCCACCCUCUUCUCUGCUAUCGCCCCCGCGGGGGCCGGGGCGCUCCCCCACGGCCGCGCCCUGCACGCCCGCGCCCUCGCGGGCGGGAUGCUCGCGUCGACCGGCGAGAGUGGCCAUGUGAUGACCAGCCUCGUCGACGUGUACGCGGCUGCCCGCCAGCUCGGGGACGCCCGUAAGGUGUUCGACGAAAUGUCAACCAGGGCGGUGGCCGCGUGGAACUGCAUGCUCGCCGCGUACGUGCGGUGCGGCGAGGUGGACGCCGCACUGCGGUUCUUUGGCGAGAUGCCCAGGAAGGACGCGGUAGCAUGGACGACAGUGAUCGGUGGGUGCGCGAAUGCUGGGAGGGCAGCAGAGGCAGUGGAGCUGUUCUGGAGGAUGAGAAAGGCACGGGUCAAGGAUGACGCAGUGACCAUGGUUGCCUUGCUGACGGCCUGUGCGGAGCUGGGUGACCUGGAGCUUGGGCGGUGGGUGCAUGCGCGUGUGAACUUGGAAGGGUGGCAGCGGAGGACAGUGUUGCUGGACAAUGCUCUCAUCCAUAUGUAUGUGAAGUGUGGUGCUGUGGAGGAUGCACGCCGCUUGUUUGGGAUGAUGCCAAGGCGGAGCACUGUUUCUUGGACAACUAUGAUCUCGGGUCUUGCAUUGCAUGGUCACCCCCAGGAGGCGCUGGACUUGUUCCACAGAAUGCAGUAUCGUCCUGAUGGUGCCACGCUGCUCGCAGUUCUGCGGGCGUGCAGUCUCGCAGGGAGGAUUGAUGAUGCACGGUGGUACUUUGAGAGCAUGGAAAGAGUUUAUGGGAUAAAUCCAGAGAUACAACACUAUGGAUGCAUGGUUGACAUGCUCUGUCGCUGGAGACGGUUGAAUGAAGCACUUGAGCUUGUGGAAAAAAUGCCAUUCCAGCCAAACGAGGGUGCAUGGGGUGCAAUCCUGAGCGGAUGUAGAAGGGAGGGCAACCUUGGGCUCGCAGCUAAAGUGACUGAUAGAUUAGUUGAACUGCAGCCAGAACGAGCGGCUGGGCACCUAGUGCUGCUGUCCAACAUGUAUGCUGGCGUUGGACAGUGGGAGCAGGCUCGGAUGGUGAGGGAAAGAGUGGUUGCACUGAAUGCUGAGAAACCUGCGGGCAGAAGCUGGGUGAAUCAGAAUGAGUCCAGCAUGGUGGAAGCACAAGCCCAACUGGUUGAUCCGUGA